AUGGCCGACCGAACGUUCGAGUUUAUGCAUAAGAUACGCCUGCCGGACGGCGACGCGUUGAAGGCGCUGUACAAGAUGUCCAACGGGCUGCCCAAGGCGGGGAGCUGCUCGACGCCGGACAACGCGGUGUGCGCGAAGGCGACGCCGAACGUCGUCGUGAGCGAUGGCGUGGCGUUGUUUCGCGAGACUGAGACGGCUGUUCGCUUGGAGAAUCUCGGAACGGAAGAUGUCGUCGUGCACGGAUGGUCCACGGAUAGUUCGUGGUGGUACUUGAACGAUUUCGAGCCGGGGGAGAGGAUCGAGCCUGGGAAGAAGCGCGCGUACGACGCGCGGUUUAAUCCGCAGCAGGUUGGCCAAUUUCGCAACACAUUAUUGUUUAACACCAGUGCGGGACCGCUGGUUCAGCUCCUGACGUCGACGGUGUAUAGGAGCCCGUAUGAGUUUACGGCGUUGCAGGAAAGCGUACCCUUUGACGUGCCGGUCGAGUACGAUUUGGUCAUGUAUAAUCCGACUGCGGCAUCAGUCGCGAUCUUGAGCGCAUUCACGACGACGCCAGAAGUCACUCUCGAGCCUGCGUUGUUUGAGAUUAGCGAAGAGAGCGUGCGCUCACAAAAGGUGAUCAACGAAGCCGAUAGAGUUUCGCAGGUAGGGAAGUGGGAUUUACUUCCGGGCGAGCGCGCUCCGAUUUUACGCUUGCGCGUAUUAAUUCGCAAAGAUGAAUUCGCUGGAACGGAUGACAAGCGCACGAGUAUCAAAGGUACAGUGGUGCUCAAUAUCACCUCUGAAUCCGCGCUCAUGCGGAUUCCGUUCACGGUUACACCUCAGCGCGAUUUGAUUUACGUUGUUGAGAAACAUUUCGAGUUCAAAGAUUUGGCAAGCGCGAGGGACAAGAGCACCAAGUAUUUGCACAUAUUCAACGCUCGCAAAACCCCAAUUGAGAUUCGUUCGGUGUUCACCGAAGACAUGGAUAGAGAGCUAUCGAUCAAGUUUGGCAAAGGAACCAUCGUACCAUCGCUCACGACAAUGCGAGUCGCGCGUAUUACACGCACAGGAAGCGUCGAGGGCAACUUUCACGGCGUCAUUCGCGUGCACACGAACAUCUCGUCCGCGCUAUUACGCGUGCCUUAUUCGGCCCAAGUCGUGCACGGAUCACUGACGUAUGAUGCCGACCAGUUGAUAUUUCAAGCCCCUGUCGGACCUUUCGGCGAUGCAGUUCCGACUGACUCGCACAUCGUCAAGCGCAAGAUACAAAUAAAAAACACCUUUACUCAAGCGGUGAAGUUACGCUCAUGGAAACUUCCAGUGGAGGAUAUCAUCAGCACUGGCGCACAGAUCGUUCCACUGACACACAUCAACGAAGAAGUCGUUAGCGCAGGACAGUCAUUCACCGUCGAAAUAGAAUAUCGCCCGAAGAGCUUCCUGACGGCAAUGGCGACGACGUUGAGUCUGUUGCACAACAACACGUCAACGGGGACGAAGAUUCCAGUGAUUGUUUAUAGCGGUGAGCUCACGGUGUCGAGCACAGUUGAUUUUGGCGUGGUUGGUGUAGGCCUCAAACGCAAAAUGCGCGUCAAAUUUACCAACCACAACCCAGUGGUGGUCGAAGUGAACACGAUGAUCAUCAAAGGGACGCGCAGCGUUACCGGAUCGAUGUUUUCAUUGAACGCCGACGCAAGCUAUCGCGACGUUGACGUUGACGUUGACGAAGUAUUCGCAAUCGAUGAUUGCAUCGAACGUUCUGGAUCGACGUGUACUCAAGUAGUUCAGGGUAAGCUUGAGCCGGGAGCGACUUUAGAUUUACAGUUAACCGCGGCGCCGACGGAAUUGGAAAAAUUGGAGAAAGAAGGUGCCGAGCUGGCGCUCACCACGAGCCUUGGUGUUAAAACGGCGACGCGAUUACGUCUAGUGUCGACGGAUGGUAAAGUCUUUAGUGAGGACGGCGAAAUAGAAGUUACAGUUCCAGUCACUGAACUUAUUCAAAAGGAUCUCAUACCGAUCAGGCGUGAGGUCAUGGUGCAUAGCACGCACGGCAUUCCGGUUGCCGUUUCUGGAAACCUCGAGACGGAGUCAGACUUUUUAGAGUUUGAAAGUAUUGUGGACUCCACAGUGCACGCUGGCGAAUCGAGUUCGAUUGGUGUGAUAACGUUCGACACUACGCGUCAAAGGAACGAGUUGUCGCAUUUCGCAGAAACUGCGCGGCUGAAAUCGUGGUCCAAUCGCUUCAAGAAAUACAAGGGAGCCAUCGAAGAAGACUAUCUCGAGGAAUCAAUAUCGAAAGUAGACGUGCGUCGGUUAGAAAAGCUUCACCGUUCCAUGAAGCGACUCGAAGAAGAUGGAGCAUUGACUGCGUCCGGUCGAGUGAUAUUUUCUUCGGAAGCACAGAAUGGCCAUCAUACGGUUGAAGUGCGUGCGAAAAUCACGUUUCCCAGAUUUUUAGACGUCACGUCCGAAGACGUCAACGUUUUGGGUACGUCGGAGCACGUCGUUAUCGCGACAAAGGACGUGCCGACAGUAAUCAGCGUGAAAAAUCCGUCGACCACGCGCGUAUUGUGCUUGCGUGUUCUCCCAAUCCUCACGAACUCGGCUCCAUCUCGCCGAUGGAAUGGUCGGCAGACGCAGACGCUCGAGCAAUCGCUUUUCCAAACAAAUAUCAGAGCCGCGCGAGCGUACGCGAGCGUUUAUGAAAAUGGGCUCCGACAAACAUCGGUCGAUCCAGGUUUUGUUCCAAACUACAAGAUCGAUCGCGGUGGCGUAUGCUUGAGACCUGAGCAACAGAUAGACGUGCUGUCCACCGUGUUCGAUCCUCGUUCGCGUCAAACGACGUACAAGGCGGCCGUGUGCAUAAAAAAUGACGACACGCUCCUGGAAUGUAUCGAGCUCAUCGGGUACUCUGGUACAUCAGUAGUUGAGACGGAGACUCCGAUGAGUACAUCGAUUUAUGUUCGUGUUGUGUUGGCGUUAGCGUGCAUCGUGGUGGUCUAUGGGACAGCGUCGCGACGAGAAAUUGAUUCGCCCGCGGGCUCACCGCGCGACGCUGUCCAAGAUGAAAUGUUCCGACGAUCCGCGCAAGAGCCGUGCUCCGUGGAUGAUGAAGAUGCGGAGAAAGCAACCGUGGAUCGAAUUGGUGAGAUGAUUCAUGGAGAAAGUUCAAGUUCAGAAGCAGAGCGGGAACAAAUCGUCGAUGAACCUGAGCUCGAAGAGCCCGUGUCUGUCGCUGCGACGCAGCAAAGUGAUGAUUCUGCCUUGAUCAACCACGAAUUGACGGCAGUUGAGAAGCACAAACCGCCGGUCGAUCGCAUACUAGUGCAAGAGCCAAACCGACGUAAAGGAAAGAAGGAGAAUGAAACGACGCCUCGCAAGAAAGAGAAGGCAGAGACAGGCAGAGACAAGGCGAAGGGGUCCCGCUCUGAGACCGAUCAAAAGCAGAGACGAGCCCGUGAUAAAAAAUCGCAGCAAAGAGUCGAAGCUGAAAAGACGCAGAACGUUGUGACCAAGCCGCUUGGCCCCGUUCGGUUAGCACCACGCUCUGUUUUUCGUAAAAAAACACUAUCAGUCGCUUCGUCGGACAAGGCGACAUCGCACGCCGGCGAAAGGGGUUCGCCUCAGGCGCACUUUGAUAUGUACAACACGAUGUUUUCAGAAGCGAUCGGUGACGAUUCGUACGCACGUAGAUCAGAGCAAGGCACGCCACCUGGAUCUGUGCGCGAAUAUACGACGCCUCCGCAUUCGCGACCGAGCAGCGUUCGCAAUUACGACAUGUGGGCAGCACCCGCAUCCAGCCGCGGAAACGGCGACAUGUGGAGCGGUGACGCUCGAUCGACUACAGGUCUACAUUCUAGUAAUCUCUUCAGCUUCCCGAGCGAUGGAGACGGCGUGCGAGCAAGCACGUCACUUCGCGACUCCGAACCAUUUUCGCCGCAAAGCUCGACGAGGAGCGGAUGGCAAAGCAUGUUGUCCCAGUGGGAGGAGCGAGAGGAUCGCGAUGAGAAAAGCAAAAGUCGUUCGCGCGACGACAGCUUUUCGCACUCAUAG